GUGCUGUUACAUAUAAAGGAUACGUGAAUGAGAGUAGCAGACAAUUUACUGCAGAGACCGAGGAGAGAAGAGACUUGCAGACUCUUUUGGAUCUGAACACUUGUUAGCAACAAGAAUGAAUUUCCUCAAGUUUACUGCAUUUUGUACUUUAUUUCUGGAUUUGAUCUUUACGGUCAAUGUCAAUGGACAGUCAGUAAGUCAGGUAAGACGAGCAGUCAGUCAGUUGUCGUGUAUAAUAAAUUCUACAAGUUUCUCCAGCUCUCCUAAAAACUUAUUUCUUGUUUUAGAGCAAGACUCACAGCAGUCCCAUCUGCAGUCGUGGUCCACCCGGACUGCCUGGAAGAGACGGUCGAGAUGGUAAGCAUGCAACCGAACUUGGGAGUAUGUGAGCACGGUUUGUUACUGAAAUAUUACAGGAAUAAAAGGCACUCCAGGCAGUCCUGGGAUGCCGGGAAGAGGCGGCCUUGCGGGUUCCCGAGGCCUCCCAGGUGACAAAGGGGCAAAAGGAGAACCUGGAAUAGCUUCUCCUGGAACAAGUGGUGUUACUUACAUUCAAUGGGGAAGGAAACAGUGUUCGGCAACUGGAGUACAAACCCUUUACUCUGGAGUUGCUGCUGGGCCCCAUUACACUCACGGUGGAGGUGGAGCCAACACUCAGUGUCUUCCACUCAAUCCCAUAUGGGAAUAUUCUAGAAGUGGUCAUCACGGAGCCAGUUAUAUUUAUGGAACUGAGUAUCAACUCUCACAAGGCAUUCAACCAUUCACCAAUAAAGGAUUGCAUGACCAUGAUGUUCCGUGUGCUGUGUGUUAUGCUGCCACUAAGAACACUCAAUUCAUGUUACCAGCAAGAAACAUCUGUCCCAGUGGAUGGAGCAGAGCAUACUAUGGAUAUCUCAUGGCAGAACAUUAUGGUCAUUCAGGAAGAAUCAUGUACGUGUGCGUCGACUACAACGCAGAACCGACAGUUGGAAGUUCUCCAAACCGUGAUGGCAAUCUAUUUUAUCCUGUUGAAGGAAUAUGUGGAUCACUUCCUUGUCCUCCCUACGUAGAUGGUAACGAGCUGACCUGCUCUGUGUGUCUCAAGUAAGCAACUACACGAAAUUGAAACUCAAUUUAGUCACAAUGUUUGCACUAGCUGUAGCAAGAUUUCUAGUUACUCUACCAAUAAUAGAUAGCACAAUGUUUCAUUAAAAUCAAAACUCACAAGU